AUGCAAGAUGUUGGGAUAGGUGUCGAUCUGGGAUCUACCGAGUUUAGAAUAGGUAUUUUUGAUUAUUAUACUGAUAGCCUAGUCAAGGAAACGAAAGAAAAAGUCCCUUAUUUUAGGCAUGGAAAUGGGAUCAUUACCCAAUGUACCUCUGAUAUUUUAACUGCUGUAGAAAAAGCAUUCAAUACUUUAUAUAUCCAGGAGUACAACAUUUGUUCAUUGGGUGUAGGAGCAACUUGUUCGAUGGUGGUUGGGAAACAGAAAGAUGAGAACUUAAUUCCCUUCAAUUUGAUUCAUGACAAGAACGGUAGAUAUCACGAUAUCAUUUUUUGGAUGCAUUCAGCAGCUAUAGAGGAGACGGAAUAUCUCAACAAUAUUACAGACGAAUCAAUCUUAUGCCACUUCGGCGGGAAAUUUUUCCCUGAAAUGGCAAUCCCGAAAUUGUUGCACUUGAACAAAUUAUACAAAGACGAUGGGCUGACAGUUCUCGAUUUGCAUAUAUGGCUAUUGUGGAAAAUUUCUCUCAAGUUAGGUCAUAAGGAAUUAAUGCCAGUUCAAGAACCAAAUUCAAAUGGUAUUGGACAUGAUGGUGAGCUAUUUGGUUGGAGUAAGGAAUUCUACGAGCAUCUACAGUUAAACAAAAUAUUCAUAGGAAACAAUGCUGUUAUUAAAAAAAAUGAACAAUUUGGGGAUAGCUGUAUUGACUGCUAUGCGAGCUGGUUUCAAUGCUGGUCUACUGCUAUGUUAAAUCGCACUUUGUUCGUUGUAGCAGGAACUUCAACGUGCUUCUUAUAUGCAAGCGAUUGUUUCGAAUCGUUUAUACCGGGUAUUUGGGGACCUUUUAAAGACAUUCUGGUAAACAGGAAACAUAUCAGCAAGCACGACAAUUAUUCUGUCUAUGAGGCUGGUAUAUCACGCACUGGGGUUCUACUUGAAAAGCUUCUAAGUACACACCCGGCGGUAAAGGAUAGUGACGUCAAUUUCUUGGAAACUGUUGAACAUAAAAUUGAUCUUAUUGAACAAAGCGAUACUCAAUCAAUUCACCUUAUGAUAAAAAAUACGUUUUUUCAUGAGGAUUAUGAAGAAUUUGAAUCAAGCUUUGUUCAAAAAGACACAUCGGGAAGUAUUUUGAAAGAAGGUUAUAACCCAACGUUGAAAGAUCUUGCAUUGAAAUACGUCGUUAUAAUCGAAACCUUGGCCUUUCAAAUCGUAGAUGUAAUCAAUGCUUUUGAAGAAGGUCAUAUAACAAUAUCCAAAUUGCUUAUAACUGGCAGCCAGGCUAAAAACUCCAGGCUGCUGCAGAUCCUGCAAGUAUUACUCGAAGAAAUAUCAAUCGAUACUCCUUGUAGCGAGAGUUCAACAGCAGGCGUGAAAGGUGCUUAUCAACUGGGAAAAGCUCAUCGGAACAACACGGCAUUAUUAGGGUACCCUCAAGAAGCAACGCCUAGACCCUGCUUGCUAAGGACUGAUGAUAUUUGCCUAACAGAUGUGCAAGAACACUUACGGGAGAAGUACAUUUCCUAUGGAAAUAUCACAGGAACGAAGAUACGAUAA